UCAAAGUCAAUUUUUGUUGUUUCAUAAAACAUACUUUUAUUAUCCUCCUCCUCUUCUUCUUCUUCUUCUUCUUUCCCUCCAAAAUAAAAAAAAAACUUCAGCACUUGGAUUAACUACUCCGAUCAAUGAAGACAACCGUUCUUCCCUCCGAACAACAACGUCGCAGCCUCAACCGCCAUACCAAAUUCCGCAUAUUCACCACUAUCUCUUUGCUAGCCAUCAUCUUCACCUACAUGUUCAACACUAACACUUUCAUUUCAUUCAACUUCAACCCAGCUAUUUUCACCAAUCACAAACUCAUCAUAAAUUAUAAUCAACUCAUCAUUCAAGAAUCACACAACUCACCUCUUAAUCUCAAAUUCGAUAUUUUGAAUUCCAAUCCCAAAUUCGAAACCAGAGCAAACGAAUUCCUUAAAGAUUGUAAACUUAGAUUCUUCAUGACAUGGAUUUCGUCCCCUUCCAUACUUUUUGGAGAACGAGAGCUUCUUGUUGUAGAAGCUCUCUUCAAAUCGAAUCCAGAUAGCUGCUUGAUCAUAAUAUCAAACAACAUGGAUUCUGAUCACGGGUUUCAACUUCUAAAACCCGUGAUCAACUUGGGGUUUCGGGUUCAAGCUAUUGAACCCGACUUUCACUUCCUGUUCAAAAACACCCCAGCCGAAUCAUGGUUCGGCUGUAUCCAGAACAGGAAGUGUGACCCUGGGGAAAUCCCCUUGGCACAAAACUUAUCGAAUUUAAUCCGGCUCGUCGCUCUUUACAAAUUCGGAGGGGUGUAUCUGGACACUGACUUCAUCCCGUUAAACAAUUUCAGCGGUUUACGCAACUCAAUCGGAGCUCAAAGUGCGAACCGGUUCGGAAACUGGACAAGAUUAAACAACGCGGUUUUGGUAUUCGACAAAAACCAUCCUUUGUUAUACAAAUUCAUUGAAGAAUUUGCGUUGACUUUUAAUGGAAACCGGUGGGGUUUCAAUGGACCUUAUCUUGUAUCAAGAGUUGUGAAAAGAAAUAUGGAGUAUAACUUAAGUGUUUUACCGCCGGCAGCUUUUUAUCCGGUGGGUUGGGGUCGGAUUGGCGGGUUGUUCCGGCGGCCAGUGGACCGGGGUCACCGGAGAUGGGUGGAAGCUAAGGUGGUACAGCUGAAAGAGUCUAGUUAUGGAGUUCAUUUGUGGAAUAAACAAAGUAGAAAAUUAAGAAUCGAAGAAGAAAGCAUUCUUGCAAGAUUGAUUUCUCAUCAUUGUGUGGUUUGCAAAACUUUCAACAAAAGUCAACGACUUCGAUAGCCCAAUCCUUGACGGGUCAGUCAGACUCCCAUCCCAUGCAUGCUAAAAACAUCAUCCGUAAGUAAAAGAAAUCGUAAUAUAUAACUCCCGCAACAUGAAAUUCUGGAUGAAAUUUUAAACCGUACAAAGUUGAUGUUUUAUCUAGUAUAUUUAUGGAAGUCUCGUUAAAAAAACCAUGUAAAAAAAAAGGUUUGAAAAAAACCAUAUAUAACUCCCUUGUUUAUUUAUUUUUUGUAUUUUUUUUAAUCAAACUAGGAUUGUUGUAGGUGAGUUAUUUGAAAAAAAAAAGGUUUGUGUAAAAAAAGUGUAAAUAUUUAUUCUUGUAGAAGUGGUAUGUAUCCUUUUAGAAACUUUUAUUUGGCUAUGAUUCUACAUACUUUGUUCGAAAAACAUGAAUAUACCACAAUCGUUUUCAAACCAUUAACCGAUAUAUUGACAGUCUUU